AACAUUAUCUCCUUGUAAUAUAGCUCACCUCCAGUAAAGAGGUAGUUGUUAAAACCAGCAGCGCAAAAAUGGCGAAUUUAGGCGGGAAAAUGGCCGGCCAGGUUAUCAAAUUCGGCGGCAACGGUUUCGGCCAGAUUUUGACAGCUGCUGCCGUGGCUCUCCUUCUCCGCCUUUUCUCCGGUCCAGGUCCUGCUCUUUCACCCGGGGACGAUGAAAAGAACAGCGGCUUCGACGGAGAAGACGAACAACAAACUCCGAUGACCGAUAAAAUUGUUCCGGUUGCAAUCCGAUGGAGCAACAUUACUUGUUGUCUAUCCAAUAAAUCAGACAGCCAAAUUAGGUUUUUGCUAAAAAAUGUGAGUGGAGAAGCGAAACCAGGAAGAUUAGUGGCGAUAAUGGGACCAUCAGGAUCAGGCAAAACGACGUUGCUUAAUGUAUUAGCUGGUCAAUUAACGGCAUCAACUAAAUUACACUUAUCAGGUCGUUUAGAGAUCAAUGGAAAACCUAGUUCACGUCAAUCUCUCAAGUUUGCUUUUGUGAGACAGGAAGAUCUUUUUUUCUCGCAGUUGACUGUGAGAGAGACGCUUUCGCUUGCUGCUGAACUUCAGCUUCCUGAGAUAAGUUCGGUGGAAGAGAGAGAUAAGUAUGUCGAUAAUUUGCUGUUCAAGUUAGGGUUGGUGAGUUGUGCUGAUUCUAAUGUUGGCGAUGCAAAAGUUCGCGGGAUAAGUGGUGGUGAAAAGAAGCGUUUAUCGUUAGCUUGUGAACUUAUUGCUAGUCCUUCUGUUGUAUUUGCUGAUGAGCCUACAACAGGGCUUGAUGCUUUCCAGGCAGAGAGGGUAAUGGAAACUCUUCGACAGCUUGCCCAGGAUGGACAUACUGUAAUUUGCUCCAUUCACCAGCCUAGAGGUUCAGUGUACAAUAAAUUUGACGACAUUGUUCUGCUAACAGAAGGUUCACUUGUUUAUAGUGGUCCUGCACAUGAAGAACUACUGGCAUACUUCUCAAAAUUUGGAUACCAGUGCCCGGCUCAUGUAAAUCCUGCAGAGUUUGUGGCUGAUCUCAUAUCCAUUGAUUACAGCUCUGCUGAAAGUGUGUAUUCCUCUCAGAAAAGGGUAGGUGGCCUUGUUGAGUCAUUCUCAGAACAGUCCUCCACAGUGCUACUUGCAACACCCCUUACCAAAACGGAGAGCUCCAAGAAUGGCGUGAAGACGAGCAAGAAAAUUGUAACAAAGAGGAAAAAAUGUUGGUGGAAGCAAUUCCGUUUACUUCUUAAACGUGCAUGGAUGCAAGCGUCACGUGAUGGACCGACAAACAAAGUUCGGACAAGAAUGUCAAUUGCAUCAGCUAUAAUAUUUGGCUCAGUUUUCUGGAGAAUGGGAAGAUCUCAAACUUCAAUACAAGACAGGAUGGGAUUGCUCCAGGUUGCAGCAAUAAACACAGCAAUGGCUGCUCUCACCAAAACUGCAGGUGUUUUCCCCAAGGAGCGUGCAAUUGUAGAUAGAGAGCGGGCAAAGGGCUCUUAUGCAUUAGGACCAUAUCUUCUCUCUAAAUUGAUAGCUGAGGUUCCUGUUGGAGCAGCAUUUCCGCUUAUUUUCGGGGCUGUACUGUAUCCAAUGGCACGUCUUCAUCCUACUUUGUCCAGGUUUGGCAAGUUCUGUGGUAUCGUUACGGCAGAAUCAUUUGCUGCAUCGGCAAUGGGUCUAACUGUAGGAGCUAUGGUUCCGACCACUGAAGCAGCAAUGGCAGUAGGACCAUCACUAAUGACAGUGUUCAUUGUAUUCGGAGGGUAUUAUGUCAACUCGGAUAAUACACCAAUCAUCUUCAGAUGGAUACCUAAUGUUUCCCUGAUAAGAUGGGCCUUUCAAGGGCUUUGCAUCAAUGAGUUCAGAGGGCUUAAGUUUGACCAUCAAAAUUCAUUUGAUAUUGAAACUGGCGAACAGGCACUGGAACGCCUCUCCUUCGGAGGAAGCCAAAUUAGUGAUACAGUGGCAGCUCAAAGUAGAAUAUUAGUGUUUUGGUAUUGCACCACUUACCUUCUCCUUGAGAAAAACAAGCCGAAGUACCAACGCCUUGAGCCACUACCUCUUGAACAGAUACAACCACAAUCACAGCUCGAGCUUGAGCCUUUGGACCCUGACCAAGUCAAACAACUCGAACUUGAUCCUUAUCCUUUGAAACAAGAUACAUCGGACCAGCAGCCUGCUCUUGAUCAAAUCCGACCAUUUAUCUUAGAAGGUGAAAAGUAAAGGGAAAUUUUUGGUGUUUGCAAUAAAAGGAGGGUCUCAUAGUCAUGCCUAUCUUUGAGCUCAUGAGCGGCUCUUAUAGAACUUGUCGAUCCUCAUGUAGAAUGUUUGCUAUUGUCUUGUCAUUGUGUCUUCGGAUAUAACUGAAUCGAAAAUUAUUACCUAUGCCGGAUUCAUAGAAGAUAUAUCGAUCCUACCGAUUAAAUGUUAGAGAAUGAGAAAUUAGACUCCAUAAAUUGAACCCAUAACCCUAGCAGAAUGAUUUCCAACUCUUAUAUCUUUUGAGCUAUAUUAUAAGUCUAGUUUAUGAAA